AUGGGGCCUGAUGACAACUGGCUCCGACUCAUUCUGGACAUCACGCCCGCUGAAUGUGGACCGACGAGACUGCGGCACCGGGCAGAUAAUGCGUUUAUGGUGACUAUGGGUGCAAGGAUCAUCCAGAUGCAGUCCGGGUUCGCAAUGUUGGAAUCCGCGUAUGUCCAGCCGAAUGGGUCUGCCAACAUCAUGAUGAAGAACAUGAUGGACCUCUUUGUAGGGGCAGUCGCCUACCUUAUGUGGGGCUAUGAGAUAGCCCACGGGGCCACGCACGCCACGUCCUUUAUGGAUCCAGGUUUGGACUUUUCUCACUGGUUUUGCAGUUUCUCAUAUGCGACCACGUCGGCGACAAUCGACAGUGGAGCGCUGGCAGGGAGGAUUUCCUUCUGGGCCUAUGUUAUCCUGUCCACCGUCAUGACAGGCUUCACAUAUCCAUUGGCAGCUCGAUGGUGCUGGGGUGACGGGUGGCUGCAACAGAUGGGCUUUGUCGACUUCGCAGGAUCUGCAGUGGUCCACGUGGUCGGAGCCGUCAGUGCCCUCGUGGCGGCCUGUUUCUGUGGUCCUCGCAUCGGUCGUUUUCCAGAUUACCGAUGCUGGCGGGGCCUUGGCCGACAUUUCUUCAUGGAGAGGUACGACUCCAAGUACUACCAGGUUCCACAGGAGCCAACGGAGAAAAACCUCUUCCGGCCGUUUGUGAAAUGCCGUCAUCCUGUUCAACUGCUUUUUGGUACCUGGCUGCUUCUGGUCGGGUUCCUGGCCUUCAAUCCAGCCUCUACCUUGGCAGUGACGCAGGACUCGGACUUGGUGAUUGCACGUUCCUCUGUAUGCACGUUGCUUUCAGCUGCUGGUGGCGGUCUUGGCGGCAUGCUUUGGUCUAUGGCCACAACCAGAAGUAGCGUCGUACUGGUUCCAGAGGUCAGCAAUGCUGUGAUAGCUGCGCUGGUGGCCAGCUGCGGUUGCUGCAACAUCGUCUCGCCGGUGAUUUCGAUGUUCAUCGGAUUUGUGGGAGCAGUGCUUGCUCUGCUUUGCGAAGAGCUUCUGAUUCGCUUGCAGAUUGAUGAUCCGGUUGGGGCCGUGUCGGUGCACGGACCUCCUGGGGUGUGGGGAGCCCUGGCCGUGGCAUUCUUUGCCGAGCCGAACUGCCAAAGCGACUUGCGGGGUUUGUUCUACGGCGCGGGAGAAGCUGGCUGGGAGCUGCUGGCCGUCCAGCUUUUUGGUGUAAUUUCCAUGGCCGCCAUGUCAGCCGCUAUCACCUACAUCAGCGUCAUUCUCCUCGACCGCUCCGUUGGCUUUCGUUGCAGCCGCGCUUGCGAGCUCAUCGGGCUGGACUUUUGGGAGCACCAAUUCGAUGACGGGAGCGUGGCCGGUGACAACCCAAUGAAGAGGAUGUCUAGUUUCCGCAAGACCUUCCACAGAGCAUCUUCCUGCUGCUAUUGUGGCGGCGCUCCGGAAGUGGAAGAAGACUCUACUCCGCAGCCCACGAUCACACCAUCGAAGGCGGUUGGCGUUGCUUCAGAUCUGGAUCACGCGGAGAUGUCAGUGAAGAUACGAGCAUUGGAAGCCAAGAUCGAGCACUUGACCAUGGCAUUGCAGGGAGUUACCUCGGAGGAUGUCUUCGGUGGGGAUAUCUCCCAGUCCAUCUCCCAGUCCUUCCGCGCGGCCUGUAUCAAUGCCUAUGUGGACAAGAUGACCGACGGGCCAUCGAAGUCCCACCGGGCUGCCCAGGCUGAGCACGCCGACGAGGGCCAUCAAUGCGCUUUCCUGCUUUCCUCCAUCUGGGGCACGGCACCUCCGAUGUUGGGAUUGCCAGAUGAUCGAUGGGUGGAGCAGAUGAGCCUGCAGGCGCUCCCCACCUGCCAGCCCUUUCGUUUGCGGCACCGUGCGGAUGUCGCCUUCAUCGUCACCAUGGGAGCGCGCAUCAUCCAAAUGCAAUCCGGCUUCGCGAUGCUCGAAUCUGCGUAUGCUCAGCCGAACAACUCGGCCAAUAUCAUGAUGAAGAACAUGCUGGAUCUCUUUAUCGGUGUUCUGGCCUUCUACUUGUUUGGCUAUUCCAUUGCCUACGGAGACACGCAUGACGUUGGCUUUGCCGAUACGGGUUACGACUUGGCGCAUUGGUUUUGCAGCUUCUCUUAUGCGACAACGGCCGCCACUAUCAACAGCGGUGCUCUUGCCGGACGCGUGGCCUUCUUCCCGUACUUGGUCUUAUCGACAGUGAUGACAGGCAGGUUUGGGAUCGGAGAGGAGCCAUAA